CUCUUAGAUAUAUGCCUUUGGUGCUUCAUGAAGAAUAUUUCUAGAUAUAUCACAGACAUUAAGCCUUUGCCACCCAACAUAAAAGAUAGACUGAUCAAAAUAAUGAGCGUGCAGGGGCAGAUAACAGAUUCGAAUAUAAGUGAGAUUUUACAUCCUGAAGUCCAAACUCUAGAUCUACGAAGCUGUGAUAUUUCAGAUACUGCUCUCCUGCACCUAUGUAACUGCAGAAAAUUGAAGAAAUUAAUUUUAAAUUCCUCAAAAGAAAACAGAAUUUCCAUAACUUCAAAAGGAAUAAAAGCUGUGGCUUCAUCUUGUUCUUACCUGCACGAAGCUUCUUUGAAAAGAUGCUGCAAUCUCACUGAUGAAGGAGUCCUUGCUCUUGCACUCAAUUGCCGGCUGCUAAAGAUCAUUGAUUUAGGUGGCUGCUUAGGUAUUACUGAUGUGUCCUUGCAGGCAUUAGGAGAAAACUGCCCGUUUUUGCAGUGUGUUGAUUUUUCAGCUACUCAGGUAUCUGACAGUGGUGUGGUUGCGCUUGUUAGUGGACCUUGUGCCAAGAAAUUAGAGGAGAUUCAUAUGGGAUAUUGUGUGAAUCUGACUGAUGAGGCUGUAGAAGCUGUCCUUACUUGCUGUCCUCAGAUAUGUAUAUUACUCUUCCAUGGAUGCCCCCUGGUAACAGAUCAUUCACGAGAAAUCUUGGAGCAAUUAGUAGGCCCAAACAAACUAAAGCAAGUGACGUGGACUGUGUAUUAAUGCUUAUUGAAGCUUAUCAAAGCUAUGAUCUUCAUACUACUUUCCCAGGAAACAACGAUCUAGAGAUUGGCUUUCCAAUAAUAUGAUUUAUGCUUUGAAGUUAACCAGGCUCUUAAACAUUUUAAUAGUGCUAUUAUUUCUAAGUUUGUUUGAGGAGUGAUUGUUCUUGAAAUGACAAUUCUAGCACGCCCUCUGAUGUAUUUGGGGAGGGUAUUGUGUUUGUUUCUUUAAUAGCAAAGUUUUAAAUUA